UGGACAAGGUUGGAAACGAUUUCGUUGUCUCUGCUGGCACUGUCCAAGGUGCUACAAUUGGUACCAAGUUUGCAGUCUUUCAAAAUCCAGACAUGAAAACUCCUCCCCUUGGCAUACUUCCUGUCAGUAACCCACAAACGACCGCUUCCAUCCUCGAUAUCCCCGACUCGACACAGAUCCCCCUGCCUGCAUACGCCGUUCAAACAAAAGAUUUGAAUGUCCAUUUCACUAGCAGUCCAGGUGCGGAUCUGGUUCGCGAAGCAUUCAUAAAACGAAUGGAUGCCCAUACGACAAAACUAUUCCACUACUCGUUUGAGGCUAGGGAACAGGCAUCGCUCGAAGUCGACGUAGAGAGCGACCACGUCGUCUUCGACAUGUUGAUCCCCGAGGUUCAACUAGCUCAGUCCGUUCGUUUGCCAUUCCGAGUCAAGAAAGAUGAAGAUGGUAUCGUCUAUAAUGUGAUACACACAGCCAAUGAGUUCAAUAGGUUAGUACACCUCACCCCGAAGAGCCGGAUGCUCGAGGAUUGCAUUCAAGUGCAGUAUGUGGCGGUGGAACGCAAGAAUUACGGAUUGGUUGUCAGGAAUGGAGAGAAUCUCUAUAACUCCGGUGGGCCUGUGGAGGUUACUGCAGGGACUGCCUUGUAUGGCAUCGAGAUCAAGAACAACUCCGGGAUUCAACUCUAUCCUCAUCUCUUUGAGUUUAACUGCAAAUCUCAUUAUAGACCUCCGACCGUUGGUACAAAAGAUGAAGAUGCUCCACUCCAACCUGGUGGCACUUUUACGAUCGGAUAUGGGACAGGGGGUAAAGCUCCAUGGUCGCAUUUCGUUCAGGAUCAAGGGGAUACUCUGGGAGGAAGGGCCCUUCGAGAUGGCCAAGAUACAGCGUUGAGCAUCUUCAAGCUUUUCUUCACUACCAAACCUUGGGACCUUUCCUCCUUCGAGCAAAAAUCCCCCUUCACGGAGGAAUAUCGUGGAACGAAGAGAGAGAACUUGACUCAGGAGGAUGAGUGGGAUACCUUGUCUAUACCUGUAGUUAUCAAGCGACCACACGAGGUUCAGGAUGGAUCUACUAUGUGUUGCUGUAUGUUAGCUCUCUCCUACAAUCCUUAUCAAAGCAUACCUGUAAGCCAUACUUGUGGGCUGAAGUUAAGGGCUGGCUCCGUGUCGUGUUCGCGUCCGCUGAACGCAGGAUGCAAAGUUGUAUGGAAAGUGGCCACGAAGCUUGCUUUGUUAUAUCUCUUCAUUUCAACCUUGACCCCCACCUUGCCCAUCCUGGUUUUGGGCUUUCUCCGACCUCAUUUACGUGGUCUAGAAGCCGAUUGCAAACCAGCUAAUGUCAAAUCCUCGCCACAUAGGCCCUCUGACCAUUCGUUCUCUGAACAUCAAGGCCUAGAACCCGAUGUUGAGGCACAACUAGAACGGAAAUGGACGCAACUCUCCCCACAAAAAUGA